UGUGUGUGUGUGUGUGUGUGUGUGUGUGUGUGUGUGCGUGUGAGUGUGUGUGUGCGUGUGAGUGUGUGAAUGAGUGUGUGUGUCUGCGCGUGUGCGUGCACGCGCACGCGCGUGUGUGUGUGUGUGUGUGUGUGUGUGUGUGUGUGUGUGUGUGUGUGUGUGUGUGUGUGUGUGCUUCCUCCCUGCAGCUUCAUCCUCUUCCUCACGGCCUGCUGACCCCGCGGCUCCCGGCUGGAGGCGGACACAUUCCUCUGUCCUCCCCCAGGACCGGAGCGUGACGGAGGGACAGAGGGCGGGCCGGGCCGACCCGGGCCAGGGGGGAGCGGCCCGGGUCGGCUUUAUUUAGGAGGACCGGCAGCAGGACGGGACGCUGCAGCUCUCAGACUCAGCAGCCGGUUCUGGAGCAGAUCACUGAAUGUUUGUGUGCUCUCAGCUGGCACUCCAGUUCUGUUGGACCCGAUUAAAACAAAGGAAGGAUGUUGGGUUGGGGAGGAUCGGAACCGCCUUCUCUGCCUCAGAGCUGAGCAGAACCAGAACUCGCCUGUUAGGGAGGAAUGCGGCCCUCCGGUUCUGGUUCUAGAAGCCAGCGCCGGGCCGGGUCCGCUCAGUGACAUGGGCCCCCGGGGUCCCAGGUCCAGGUGAGCGGCACCGGGCCGGGCCAUGGCCCGCCAGGACGCGGUGAGGUGUCUGCGCUGCCUGCUGUACGCCCUCAACCUGCUGCUCUGGCUCAUGUCGGUGUGUGUGCUCGGCGUGGCAGCAUGGAUCAGAGACACCCUGAGCUCCGUCCUGACCCUGACAGCCCACACCAGGUUGGAGGAAGCCGCCGUCCGCUCGUACUCUGCGGCCGUCCACCCCGUCUUCAUCUCCGUCUGCUGCCUCCUCCUCAUCCUCAGCAUGGUGGGCUACUGCGGCGCGCUGCGCUGCCGCCUGCUGCUGCUCUGCUGGGUACAUCUGGACCACAUAGAUCUAGAGCACCGGGAGCAUCUGGAAUGUCCAGAUCUACAUCUAGCACAUCCACAACAUUUGAACAAACAUUGGACCCCCAGUCAGGCUGGACCGGGUCACCAGAACCAGAGGCUCGCACUCAGCUACCAGUACUUCUGCAGCCUGCUGGUGAUCUUCUGUGUGGAGCUGGCCUCUGCAGUUUGGACCUACGACGAGCCCUCAGUCCAGCGAGCCGACAUGAUAAGCCUGAAGUCCCGGAUGCCUGACUACAGCCUGCAGCGCGACCAGUGGCUCACACACACAUGGGACAGCUUCCAGACACAAUUCCAGUGCUGUGGGGUGAUCUACUUCACCGACUGGCUGGAGAUGACAGAGAUGGAGUUUCCUCCUGACUCCUGCUGCACCAAUCAGUUCCCUGGCUGUGCUGGCCACGCCCACCAGCAUGACCUCAGUGACUUGCACCAGGAAGGCUGCGGUCCAAAGGUCUACCGCUUCAUCAGGGGAACUAAGCCUCUGCAGGUUCUGCGUUUCUUGGGGGUUUCUAUCGGCGUGGCACAGAUCCUGGCCAUGGCGCUCACCCUCACGCUGCUUUGGGCGCUGUACUACGGCCGCCACCUUCAGCAGCCAGACGCAUACAGAACCCCUGGGCCGCCUGGAGAGUCUGGUUCAGUCGUAGCUACCAACGCAACCAGCGUCGGCGACCGGGUCGGACCGCGAGAUCAGAGGGCUGCUGAGGCCGGAUCGGAGGACCUGGAGGCGCCCGGCGCCGCAUGGAAAGGGUUCUACUGACUCCACCCUACACAACCACAGAAUCUGGAGAAAUCUGGGAGCCAUGAACCAGGAGGUAGCCAGAGCUGGAGACAGCUUGGUGGUCCUGGAGACGGUCUACGGCCAGUGGACCAGUGGAGCUCCACUGGUCCACUGGUCCAGAAAACCACGGAGGAGUCGGACCUGACGAGGCUCCGUGUCAGGAUGUUUGCUGUUGCUGCUGCAAACGAUCUGCCAGGAGGAACGGAGCAGAACCCGAGCCAGAAACUCCUUGGCGCUGCUCUGACUGGAUGGUACAGAGACGGAAAAAUCCCCAUCAGUUGAGGUUGAGUGUCCAGAGGACCAGCAAUAACCUUUGAACCCGUCAUCUAGAAGGUCAUUUCAGGAACUGAACUGUUGCUUCACUCCCUAAUGGACACCUGGACCUGUUGGUGUUGCCUAUAGCCGACCUGAGGCCGCUGCAGUCAGGCUUCAAGGGUCGGGCGAUUCUGUGAAACCUACUGGACUGUUGACCUGCUGGACUGUUGACCUGCUGGACGAUGGUUGAUGGUUGGUGGUUGGGUCAGAAUGAUGGAGGCCAGGAGAAGUGAUAAUAAUGGACUUUAUUGAACUGAUAAAUAAUCACUCCUGGUUGCUCCACACAUGCAUGGCUUUAGGAAUCUUUCACAACCAGAGAGUUGGACUGAAUCCAUCUGGCCAAAGCAGAACCACAGGAGCAAAAUGAAGGCUGGAUCAGCAUCAUCAUCACUUCCUGCUCUGAAAGCAGGAAGUGAUGCGGGGAGUUUCCAUCCUCAGCCUGGUCAUCAUGAGGAAGAGGCGUCCAGUCAAGAGUCGCUCAGGUUUUAAAGACCUUUAUGAAUCUCAUAAAAACAUUAAUAACAGAAUGACUCAUGUGAACGGAAAUAUUCCAGCCUGUUGCCUCACUGGAACGCAGCAUCCAGGCAGGAAGUGAUGGAGGAGAACUAGCUGCUAACAGCUGCCGUGCUCUAAGCUAGAAGCUAGCAGCUAACAGGCUAUUUCCACUAAUUUUUUUAAGUGAUUUUAUGGAGGUUUAUUCUAAUAAACAAUGAAGGACAAUAA